AUUUCCCUGAAUAUCACAUACAGAUUGGCCAGAAGUCAAAGGUCAGUGAUGAAAAAUGGCACAGUGACAACGUUCAUUCUGCUGGGACUGACCGAUGACCCUGAGCUGCAGGUUCUGAUGUUCAUGUUUCUCCUUCUCACCUACAUGCUGAGUGUAACCGGGAACCUGACCAUCAUCACACUCACCUUUGUGGAUUCUCACCUGAAAACACCGAUGUACUUUUUCUUAAAAAACUUCUCCUUUUUGGAAAUCUCCUUCACCUCUGCUUGUAUCCCUAGAUACUUGUAUAGCAUAGCAACGGGGGACAAGGUCAUUACCUAUAAUGCCUGUAUGAUCCAAGGGUUUUUUACCGACCUCUGCGCAGUCACAGAGUUUUUCCUCCUGGCUGCCAUGUCCUAUGACCGCUACGUGGCCAUCUGCAAGCCUUUACAUUAUGUGACCAUCAUGAGCGUCAGAGUCUGCAGGAUCCUCAUUGUCUGUUGCUGGGUAGCUGGUUUGUGUGUAGUAAUUCCACCCUUUAUCUUGGUUUUUAAUUUGGAAUUCUGUGACUCUAAUAUCCUUGACCAUUUUGUCUGUGAUGCAUUUCCCCUUGUGAAAAUCGCAUGCUCAGAUACUUGGAUUUUGGAGCAGACAGUUAACAUCUGUGCUGUGCUGACCCUAAAUCUGACUCUUACUUGUGUCGUUCUGUCAUAUGGCAGUAUCAUCAAGACCAUAUUUAGAUUCCCUUCUGUCCAGCAGAGGAAAAAGGCCUUUUCAACCUGUUCUUCCCACAUGGUUGUGGUGUCAAUCACCUACGGCACCUGCAUUUUCAUCUAUAUGAAUCCUGCAGCAAAGGAAGAAGUGACUGUUAAUAAAGUGGUUUCCCUCCUUCUUUCUUCUGUUUCUCCUACUUUGAAUCCAUUUAUUUAUACCUUGAGAAACAAUCAAGUUAAGAAUGCUUUCAGAGUUUCACUUAAACGAUUGGCAUUGAUCUCAAGUAAGUAA